CGAAAAAUUCACUUUUCAUUCCUCUCAUUCACCUUCAUUCGGCUGUCGCAACGGGAAGUGUACGACAAAGCAAGGACAAGUCAGUGGCCCCACCUUCACAUACUCUUGGAAACCAUUUUUACCCUAUUCUCGACUAUAGACCGCCACCACACCUCACACUUGCCUCAAUUCCCUACUCUCCUCUACAUAUCACAUAUACGACAUGGGAAAGAACAGGCCACGUUACAACGAGCGAGCCAGAUCCUCAAGCAACAGGGCGUCUAGGCCACAUCCGAAUGCCAGAGAUGGUGGACGGAAAGCAACAAAGCCGACUGUCCUGCAGCCAGAGAAUCCAAAUGCUGAAAUCAUCCUGCCUGGAAGUAUAGAUACGGCCGCUGUCGAAUACAACGACGAGGCUGUGCAACCAAAGAUGAGCAGCAAGAAGAAAAAGAGACUGGACAAGUACAUUGAAAAAAAAUUGAAGAAGGAGGCUCGCGGCGAUCUGUUCAAGAAACUGGAGGAGCAGGCAUGGUCAUCCGAUCUGCUAAAAUCAAGUCGAACCCUUGGUCAGAACAAGGAAACCACGAAGCAAAAACUCAGGAGGGCGCUGAACGAGGAACGGCAAGGACUGGAACAGUCCGACAAGAGUGUCCGCCUCUUUAUGGACAGAAAGAACGAGCAGGAAGAUGAUGAUGAGGACAGCUCUGAUGCAGACCACAGCGAUGUCGACAUGGAGUCUAAGAAGCCUACUACGUCUGUCGCGGUUACGAAACUAGCACCCACUCAGGGGCCCGUCGUCGCUGGAAGCGCCUUGAAAGUCGGUGCUUCAGUUCUUGUCAAGAAGUCUGCCACAGGAAAGAAACCAUCUCGAUUGGCUAUGAUUCGUGCACAAAAAGAAGCAGCCAAGCAGAAGGAACGCGAGAGCUCAUUCGACAGCUCGGACUCUGAGUACGACAGCUCGUCGGACGAAGAGAGUGGAGAGAAGAAUGGCAAUAAACACAGUGGCAGUGAAGACGAGGAGAGCAAAGCGGAGGAACCAGCCAAGAAGAAGAGACGUGGCUGGAUGACCGAUCUGGGCGGAGCGGCAUUGAAUGCGGACGGUGAAGAAGAGAGAAUCAUCUCUAACCUUGACAGUCUGCCUGAGAGGACUGGUGAAUACGUUUCGAGUCGCGUAGAGCCGCCGAGGGAUCUACUUGGCAACAGAAUCGAGAAGGUUGACCAGCUUGAUGCAAGCGAUAUCAGCGAGGUAUUCCAUGUUCAUGUCGAUAGAGAUCCAGAGAUCCAGGAGAUGCGACUUAAGCUGCCCGUUUGCACAGAGGAACAGUACAUCAUGGAAAAGAUCAUCUACAACGACGUUGUCAUCAUCAAGGGCGAGACCGGUUCUGGAAAGACAACCCAAGUGCCGCAGUUCUUGUAUGAGGCAGGAUACGGAAAUCCCAACAGUCCCAACCCAGGCAUGAUUGGGAUCACCCAGCCACGUCGUGUCGCAGCUGUAUCGAUGGCCGAUCGUGUUGCCAAGGAACUCAAUUUGCCUGCCUCAAAGAUUUCACAUCAGAUCCGUUACGAUGCCACAACAUCGCCCGAAACCGUGAUGAAGUUCAUGACCGAUGGUGUGUUACUGCGAGAGUUGAACUCGGACUUUUUGCUUCGCAAGUAUUCGGCCAUCAUCAUCGAUGAGGCUCACGAGCGCAGUUUGAACACGGAUAUCUUGAUCGGUGCCUUGAGUCGUAUCGUUCGUUUGCGUCGCGAGGAGAGCAGGAAAGAUCGUGAAGCCACCAAACCGCUCAAGUUGAUUAUUAUGUCAGCUACACUGGUCAUCGAGGAAUUUACGAAGAACGAGCGGCUGUUUGGUCAUGGAAAGCGACCUAAGAAGACCUCUGCCGAAGAUGAGAAUAAGAAGGGCGCAGAUGGUAACGAUAGUGAGGAAGAUACGGCACCAAAGGAUCUCGUACCUGUCGUGGGUGUGGAUGUCAAGAACGUCUAUGGAGUCACCAUGCAUUUCAACAAGCGGACACCCGAGGUCGACUAUGUCACGGAGGCAUACAAGAAGGUGACCAAGAUCCACACGCGUCUACCAGCUGGCGGUAUCCUGAUCUUCUUAUCUGGACAGGCAGAGAUCACGACACUCGUCAAGAAGCUGCGAAAGAAGUUUCCCUUCCCCGACGACUCCAAAAAGCAGCAGAACAAGUUUGAGACCAAGCUGGACACAAUGAGGAAGGGCAAGAGUGGCAAAGUUAACGCUGUCGACUCCCAGAAAACAACAGAUGGAGAGGACGACAUCGAUAACAAUCAGGAGCUGGAUCCUCGCAACGAGGACGUAGAGCUGGAGGACAUGGCGAUCGGCGAAUCUGAAGCUGUUCCUGAAGUCGAGGGGAUGGAGGAGGACGACGAAGCCUUUGAUUUGGAUGCCUCGGAUUCAGAAGAAGAGCUUGGCGAGGACGACGAGGUGCUGGAGGAAACCCCUGAUGCAGGUACAGCGCCGCUCCAUGUCUUGCCUCUGUAUUCGCUGCUGAAGACCGAGGAGCAGAUGAAAGUUUUCCAGCCUCCCCCACCCGGCUCGAGGUUGUGUGUUGUUGCUACCAAUGUUGCGGAAACGUCGAUUACUAUUCCAGAUAUCAAGUACGUUGUCGACAGUGGAAAAUCGAAAGAACGCCAUUACGACAAGGAGACUGGUAUCCAAACGUUCCAGGUCGGAUGGACAUCCAAGGCGAGUGCCACCCAGCGUGCAGGACGUGCAGGACGUACGGGCCAUGGUCACUGCUACAGGCUUUAUAGUUCUGCGGUCUACGAGAACGAGUUCCCGACGGCAUCUGAGGCCGAGAUUCAGAGGAUGCCCAUUGAUGGUGUGGUGUUGCAGAUGAAGAGUAUGUACAUCGACAACGUUGUUAACUUUCCGUUCCCGACACCACCCAACCGCGAGGAUCUAAGACAAUCAGAGCAGCGACUGGUAUACCUGAACGCGCUGGAGAACACAAACAAAAAGAGCAUCACUGAGCUGGGCAAGACCAUGUCGAUCUUCCCUCUCCUGCCUCGUCUUGCCAAGAUGCUAACCCUUGCCCAUCAGGAGAACUGCUUCCCAUAUGUCAUUGCCAUCGUCGCCGCCCUAUCCGUGGGCGAGGUGUUUGUCAAAGAAUUUCAGCUGGAUAUCUCGAGACCAGGUGACUCUGAUGAUGAGAGCGAUAAUGAUCGUAAGGAACCCUCCACCAGGGGUCUACAUCUGGACGACCUGGACGAGAUGGAACUGCAGCACAUCAAGAACGAGAAGGUCCUCAAGAAGGAGCAGAGCCGCAGGACUCGCCAAAAGUUCUACAAGUCUCAGGCGGUCCACGAAGCACUCGAUCCUCUGAACGACAUGGCCAAGGUCCUGAACGUAGUCGGUGCCUAUGCCCGUGAGACCAAUAAGGAGCAGUUCUGCACCGAGAAUUUCGUCCGCUACAAGGCAAUGCAGGAAAUCCAUCAGCUUCGUGGUCAGCUCACACGUAUGGUCCAGGACAACUUUGCCAACAGCCCUACGGUCUCAUCUCUGGUGUUUGAUCCAUACAUGGAGAAGCCAACUCCACGACAGCUCACAGCCAUCCGCCAGAUCGUCGCAUGUGCUUUCUUGGACCAGGUCGCGAUCCGCAAGGACCUUUUGGGCGCCGUAGAAGAGAAUUACUCCAAGAAGGCCAAGGCCGUACCUUAUGUGACCAUGUGGUCCAAGGAGAGUGUUUACAUUCACCCGAGCUCAGGCCUGUUUGGUACCAGCAUGGAGAAGGCGCCUCCUGUGGUCGUAUACCAGGAUCUGCAAAGGACUGUCAAGGCGGUAGAGAUUGAGGGCAAGCUCUCCAAGAUCUAUUUGAAGGGUGUUACGGCCGUUGAGCCCAAGUGGAUGGCCACCCUCGCGAACGGCACAGGUCUCAUCCGGGCGUCCAAAGAGCGCAUCAUUAAAAUGGACGACAAGACUCAAAAGGCGAUCACGGAUAUCACCUAUGGGCCGCAUUACUGGCCAUUGCCGCCGAUUGAGAUCUGGCAGAGACGUGAGGGUGCGCGUCUAGUGCCGAUGACCAAGGCCGAGAUCAAUUGCGACUCCAGGUGUGAUUGGCAAAGAUAUCGGGCACUAGUAAUGGCGCAAUGGUCGUUUUUAAUAUUACAAAAAGAGAGAGAAGGUAAUAUGCGCUUUUGUUUUCACGACUGGGUUCAUGGCGACUCAAACAGGACCUGGCCGAUCAGGUACUCGCCAUCGUGAGAUACCGAUGCAUGGGUCCUUCCUAUUCCAAAGCGGUCCUUUUCAGGUAUACUUAAACAUGGCUUGCCGUUCUCCUUUACAACAGCAACAUCUUGCCAGGUCAGCUUAUGGUGCGGAUACAUGGCCUUGUAUGAUGCCUCCUUCAAUGCCCACCUGGCUCCGAGAUAUCGAAUGGGUUCAUCGCCCUCGAUGUUCCCACCUGCCUGUUGCUGGAUCAUCCGGAACUCUUCCUGCUCAGUCUUUGUGAGAAUACGGGUGAGAAACCUCUUUGGAUGGCGCUGAAGGACCUGCUUGAGCCGUGGCAGGUGCAGGAUAUCGACGCCGAUCCCGAGGAUAGUCAUCCUUCUUGGAGGAUGCCAGUAAAAAA